AUCUUUCUUUGACAUUUUCUAAUUUGACAUCUUCUGUGUCAUGAGUUAAAAGGUCAAUCUCUAUAGGUGGAGUUUAAUAAUAUAUUAUAUAGAAAAUUUAUGGUUUCACUGUACGUGUGCAUUGAUGCUAAUUUAUGUUUAUUAAAUUGUGAAAACAUAUAUUCAUCUGUUUGUUUACCAGUUAGGUUUACUAAUUGUUCAAUUUUUUAUUCCUUUGUAGUCAAAUUUUUUUUUCAUUUCAAUUAAAUGAAAUUUUGUUCAAUUAUUUUUUCAUUUAUUUUGUUCAUUAAGUAGUCACUAGUUGAAGCCAUUGAUUAGCUAAAAUAUAUAAAUCAUCUUGAGGAAAUACAUAAAACAGUUUGGAGUAUAGUGUAUCAAUUAUCAGUGAGAUAUUAGAAAUAAUUAAUUUGAUCAAUGGGAUAGUAUGUUAUUAUAAAUUUAAUUUUGCCAGUUGAAGGAUCGAUUUAAGUUUUUAUUUGAAUUAAUAUAAUUUUUAAUUAUAUAUUUUAUAUAAUUUUUUAAAAAAUCAAGUUUCCGCGCUUCAAUACUGUUAUGAUUCCGUAUAUCGACUACCGAUUUCAUGUAACAUAUACAAUUGUUUAAUAGGUGGAUGUAAAUGGGGAUGAAUGUGCCAAACUAACCUCUAACAAAAAAAAAAUCAAUCUUCAAAUUUGUGGUAGUAGUAAUAAGAUGGUUUUGGCAUAAAAGUCAAAAUUGACCUAGUCAAUUUCAAAAUCGUUCAGUGAGAAAACCAAUUUUGGGGUAAAUCUUUUCUUCAAGCAACAUAUUCCUUCAAUCCACAUUAAAAAAAAAAGAGAGAACAAAAGAGGUCAGAGCUGCCUCGAAGAUUUGAGAAAAGAAGUCUGUAUAAUGAGACUGUUAGGAUAUACAGCUAAUGAGAACCCCCCCUUCUUCUACACACAGCAUUAGCCAAGACACCGACCGACAUGAGGCAGAGACGGCAGCUUCAGAUCCGUGGUGAUCGUCCUUCACCUCUCAGUGUCCACAAAGACUCCCACAAGAUUAAGAAACCUCCUCCUCAUCGAGAGCCGGUGGUGGUCUCCUCGCCCAAGGUCAUACACACCCCAUUGAAGGAUUUCAGAAGCGUCGUCCCCCGACUCACCGGGGUUGACAACUCUGUUUUGGAAUUAGAAUUCAUUUCCGCCUUUGGACCAUCUGCCUCGAGAGGUUAUCAAGUCGUAACUAUAUACAGGAGAGGUGACAUAAGCAAUGAUGAUUUCAAUAAGGUCGUCAGGCGACUCACAAGGAAUCUUAACUCUGUUUCAGACCUUAGCAACUCUGCCUCUGAGUUUAGCACACCUGCUGCUGCAUCAUCCGCCUUGAAAGAAUAUGAUGUCGUUUUGAGAUACAGAAGAGGUUGCAUAAGCAACGACAAUUUCAUCACCCAUCUUCAUGCAGCCUUCUACCGGAGAGGGGUCUCUCUCCGUGAAGACAUCGAUGAAGUGGACGCAGUUCCAGAAUGUAGGGUUUUGAUCAUAUUCUUAACCAGCACAUACGUCCCUUCCAACCUCUUAAACAUUGUUGAACAACAAAGUAAAAACCCUCGAGUGGUUUAUCCGAUUUUUUAUGGAAUAUCACCAUCUGAUUUGAUCAGUAACAGCAAUUAUGUGAGACCUUUUCACCAAGACGAGGCAAAAAGGUGGCAGGCUGCUUUGGAGGAAAUAACUCAGAUGCAUGGCUACAUAUUGACAGAUAAGUCCGAGUCUGACUUUAUAGACGAGAUUGUCAAUGAUGCUUUGGAGGUGCUACGUUCCAACUAUAAGAAGAAUAUUAUUGGGAUGGAUAUGCAGAUAAAGGAGAUCCUGUCACUGUUAUGCACUGAGUCUCAAGAUGUUCGCCGCAUAGGUAUAUGGGGUGCGGUUGGUAUAGGAAAAACAGCCAUUGCUGAAGAAAUUUUCCAUAGAAUCUCUGUCCAAUAUGAGACUUGUGUCUUCCUCAAGGAUCUCCAUAAAGAAGUCGAGCUAAAAGGGUACGAUGCUGUGAGGGAGGAACUAUUGUCUAAACUUUUAGAGGUAGAACCAGAUGUCAUACGUACUUCAAACAUUAAAAUGAGUUUCUUGAGGAGCAGGCUUCAGCGUAAAAGUGCCCUCGUAGUUCUCGACGAUGUGAAUGAUUUCAGGGAUGUUGAAACCUUCGCAGAGAUGCUUAGCUAUUUUGGUCCAAGAAGCAGAGUAAUCAUAACGUCUAGGAACAGACAUGUUUUUAUACUAUCCAAAACCGAUCAUGUCUAUGAUGUCAAGCCAUUAGAAUUUCCUAACUCUCUACAUCUUCUGAACCCCGGAAUAUUUCAGAGUGGUCUGUCACCCGAGCUUUACAAGACAUUGUCACUUGAGCUGGUCAAAUUCUCAAAUGGAAAUCCUCAGGUUCUUCAGUUCUUAAGCAGAUCCAGCAGAGAAUGGAAAAGUUUAUCCAAAGAAAUUCAAAAAUCUUCAGCCAUUUACAUUCCAGGUAUAUUCGAAAGAAGCUGUUGUGGGCUUGAUGAAAACGAAAAGAGUAUAUUUUUAGACAUUGCAUGUUUCUUUAGAAAGAUGGAUAAAGACGACGUUGCAAUGUUGCUUGAUGGAUGUGGUUUCUCUGCACAUAUUGGGUUUAAAAACCUUGUUGACAAAUCACUGUUAACCAUAUCACACAAUACGGUGGACAUGCUCUGGUUCCUCCAGGCAACAGGCCGAGAAAUUGUUCGCCAAGAAUCUAUUGACAGGCCAGGACACCGCAGCAGGUUGUGGAAUGCUGAAGAUAUUAGAGACGUAUUCCUAGACAACACUGGCACGUCAGCUAUUGAAGGGCUUUUCCUCGACAUGUCGCAGCUGAAAUUCGAUGCAAGUCCCAAUGUAUUCGACAAAAUGUGUAAUCUUAGACUGUUAAAGUUUUAUUUCUCCGAGUUGAUAGAGAACCAUGGAGUGUCUUUACCUCAAGGUCUUGAAUACUUGCCGACCAAGCUAAGGCUUCUGCACUGGGAACACUAUCCUAUAAGCUCAUUGCCGCAAUUUUUUGAUCCGAAGAACCUCAUAGAGCUUAACAUGCCAAGUAGUUGUGUGAAGAAACUUUGGAAAGGCAAAAAGAGUCUGGAAAACCUUAAAAAGAUGAGACUCAGCUACUCCUGCCAAUUAACAAAGCUUCCAAGACUUACAAGUGCGCAAAACCUCGAGCUUCUUGAUCUUGAAGGUUGCAAGAGUUUGGUGAGCAUUAGCCACUCUAUCUGUUAUCUUAAAAAGCUUGUUUCUCUGAAUCUGAAGGACUGCUCGAAUCUGGAGAGUGUACCAUCUACAAGUGAUUUAGAGUUUCUUGAGGUCUUGAAUCUUUCUGGCUGCUCGAAGCUAGAGAAUUUUCCGGAGAUCUCACCAAAUGUGAAAGAAUUGUACUUGGGUGGGACUGUAAUACAAGAAAUACCAUCUGCGAUCAAGAACUUGGUACUUCUUGAAAAACUUGACCUGGAAAACAGCAGACGCCUCGUGAUUCUUCCAACGAGCAUGUGCAAGUUAAAGCAUCUCGAAACGCUGAAUCUGUCAGGCUGCUCAAGCCUUGAGCAUUUUCCAGACUUGUCUAGAAAGAUGAAAUGCUUAAAGUCUCUGGAUUUGUGCAGGACGGCCAUUAAAGAGCUACCCUCCUCCAUUUCAUAUCUGACUGCUCUUGAAGAAGUAAGAUUUGUGGGAUGCAAGAGCCUCGUAAGAUUGCCUGACAACGCCUGGAGCCUAAGAUUCAAGGUUGAAUUUCGCCAGAUUGAUACGGAGAAGUUUUCGAAACUGUGGAAUAGAUUAGGUUGGCUCAAAAAAGUUCACAUCUCCUAGUUCCUUCUCCUAUACUCCUUGUAAUUGACACAACAAAGAUUGUUGCUGUUGUCUAGAAUGUGAAAUAUAUGAGAAGAACUAAGGGCUGAAUCCUCCUAAGUCUGAUUCUUUAUCUGAAUGUAGAGAGUGAUAUUUCAUUAUGUGGAUAUCUGGUAAAUGUUUGUUAUGUUACUUGCGUUCUUAGCUUUCUUAUAUAAUUUUAUGAUAUUGUUCGAUUGA